AUGUCCACUGCAGCAUUGACCGAUCAGUUCAGCUCGCUGGUUUCAGGAAUUCGCGUCAUGUCCAGUUGUGUUGAGGGCGUUCGGUUUUUCUCGCGCGUGCAUCCGAAGAUGUAUCGAUGCCUUGGAAGAUCCAAAGUCGGGCUCAGCCGCGGGCUCCGGCUCCGCGGGCGGCAGCUGACUGCACUGGGCAGCGGUCGCUUCCGGCUCCAUGAGCCGGGAGUGGACGAAGAGCAGCUCCUACAGGGCCUGCCCUCCAUGGCGGAGGUGGAGCACUUCGCCAGGUACUGGAAGCAGCGAGUGCCAUGCCCAGACCCCUGGGCUCCAGUGGAAGGUUUCUACAUUCUGUCCCUGUAUGGACGUGCCCGGCGCAGAGUCUAUUUCGGGCGCUAUGAGACGAAGAGGUUGAUGGAGCAUGUGCUUUGGACGAGCUGCAUUCGCCCAUCCUUUGAAGGGGAAGAGCUUCUGCCGGCACCCACGAUCCUGCUGGCCACCUAUGGCACGGCAUUUUUCCGGCAAAAGGACGUUUUCCUGAAACUUCUAGCUCCUCUGCAAGAAGCUUUGCGCCUUGAUGGCACUCUGAUGCCAAAUGAGGUGUCCAAACUGGCUUGGAUGUUCUCAGCUGCACGAGUCUAUGAGCACGAGAUGAUACCUGUAGUGGGAGACUUGGCCUUGCGCACCUCAGACAUGAGGCCAACCCACCUGGCACAAGUCUCCAACGGCCUCGGCCGGAUUCUGGCGGCGCCCAACAUGGAGGAGUCGAUCCUGCCCACCCUCCAGCGGGUCUUGGAGCAACUCCGACAACAAGACCUGGGCUUGCUGCAAACCCGCGAUGUGCAGGCGUUAGCGGCAUGUUUCAACCGCGUCCCGGUGGGCUGGCCUGUGGUGGUGGAGUUCUUGCAAGAUAUGCUGCGCUUCUACCAUCGGAAAGACCUCAGCUCCGAGCAGUCCUUGGAUCCACGGUCCAAGGUGGUUCUUUACCGCAGCUUCUUGCGGCACCAGGAGGCUAUGGAGCAGAAGGAGUUGCAGGAUGCCAUGCAAGGUUUGUUUCGAGACACCCUCAACAGCAUGACCGCUUUGCUGGUUGAGGCCUCUCGAAGUGAUCAAGAACAGCCUUGGGCACUACAAGAUCCGAAGACGUAUCAAGAGCGCCUGGAGGAGCCGAAUAUCUCGGAGUUCGAUCCGGAAUCCACGCAGAGGAUUCUUGGAGAACUUGGCGUGCAGACGGACUGGCAAUUGGAGGAGCUGCCGGAAUGGGAAGCCUCGGCCCAUGAGCUUCUGGAACGUCUCAACGAGGUGCCCUUCUUGGAGUCGCAUCCAGUACCGGACCGGGGACUUACCAUGGCCUGGGCCUCUUGGAGCCUGAGAUCUGCUGACAGAAGCGAGCUGGGUACAUUCCUGACGCGCAGCGGCUACCGCUCCACCGGAGGGCCUGGCUCGGAGGGCUACACCAAUAGUCCUUUGGAUCCCCUGGUGCCUUUGGUCGUGGGGAACUUUAGCCGCGCGGCCGACGCAGAGAUCCAGGCUUUGGCCCUGAUCUUGCAAAAGGCUGAGAAGUUAGGGGAUCUAUCGAGGAUCGCUGGGGUGGUUCACUUGGUGGUCACACAGACGCCCUGUGUGUCCUGCCUGGGUGCCAUGGCCCAGUUUCGUGCGCUGAUGCCAGAGGUGCACCUCCACUGCCACUUCCACCGGCUCAGGCAAGAGCGGGAGGCCCGUGCCGCCGACCCGAGGGAGCGGCGCCGAUCGAUUUGCUCCAUCUAUGAGACGACCAGUGGCAGUAGCGAAGGCCAGCCAUCCUUCUCCGAUGCUCUGGAGGUCUUCCGACGCAUGCUCCGUGUGGUGAGCAUGGAGAAGGAGGCGGAGCUCCUGAACGUUUUGGGUGCUGCGGGCACGGCGGAAGAAGAUCAUGGCCUUCCUUUGCCCGAGUCGGUCAUGUUACCAUCUCCAGGGACCUUCCACUCCUUGAUUGGCAUGGCCAUGGCGGAAGGUCGCGUGAAGGAGGCCAUCGGUCUCGUGAAGUAUCAGCGCUUGAAGGAGCUGCCGGUGUUCGCCCGUUCCCUGGCCAUGUUGGCGGAGGACCUCCGUGUGCCACCGCGCCUGGCGAUGCGCUUCCUGCACGAGAGCCAAGUGGCUGGACACCUGGCCUCUCGACGGUUGCUGAGCUUCCUCUUGAGGCGCCUGGCCAAGCUGGACCGUCCCGAUGCCUCGCGCUUGGCCGUCACCUUUUUGCGAAGAUGCUGCCGCAAAGAGGACUCCAUGGGCGUCUACUACCGGCCCGACUACCCCAUACCAACCAUCAAGCGCUAUCCUGGCUCUGGCACGGUGGCCGCUUGCCUGGCCUUGGCUCCCAGCGAGCUGCUGCCACGCUGGGCACGUGCGCUGGGCAUUUGGGCGCGUUGCAGUCAACCAGAUCAUGAGGAGGAUGCGGCGGUGCCGUUUCGAGCCUUGAUGAAGCGCCUGACGUCGCACGGCGGAUCCGUGGAGGAGACAUGUCGUGGAGAAGUUCUCAGGGCUUUACAAGCGACCGGCUUGUUGGAACGUAUGGUGGCACAAAAGGUGAUGGAUGAAGAUCAGGUGGCACGUGUUUUCUGAGAUGAUGGCCACCUCUAUAGGCGGAGUUUCUGUGGAUCCGCCGCUGCUUCGACGACAAGACGAAGAAGAAGAAGCAGAACCGGCUGAUGACCACCGCGCAGAAAAGCCAUGAUCCACUGUGGUGUGCAUCGAUGCGAGUUCGCGUGCGCCUCGCGCCGUGGUGUGCGGUCGCAUCGAUGUAGCGGCGCGGCGCGCGCCGAGCCAGUGGCCGUGAGAGAUGGAGAAAAAGUGUGGUCGAAUGGUGUGACCUGUUUUUGCUAAGCCGAAGCUGUUUUUGCGAGAGAUGGUGAUUUGUUAGUUUCCUUUGUGGGUCAUAGUUUUUAUUUUUGCCGGGAACUUAAGAAAUUUUGAGCAAUUCCAAGCAGAGAGCAGAUUGGCUUCUUGCUCUGAGGGAUGGCUUCGGUCAAGGAGUUCCAC